CCAAUAAAGAAAAUAAAACAACAUGCUCACUCUCUCUGCCUUCCCUUCCUUAAUAACCACACGCACCAAGCCCACAACGUCGGCCAGUACCAGCAAGGCCCAGCCAAUCACAGCAAUGCGAGCCGUGGUUCAGCGAGUCGCCUCCGCAAGCGUCGAGGUCGAUGGGCGCAUUGUAUCGGAAAUUGGACCGGGGCUGCUCGUCCUCGUCGGAGUCCACGAGUCCGACUCCGACUCCGAUGCCGACUACAUUUGUCGUAAGGUCUUGAAUAUGAGGUUGUUCCCUAAUGAAAAUACCGGCAAAGGGUGGGACCAAAAUGUAAUGCAGAGAAAGUAUGAAGUUCUACUAGUGAGUCAGUUUACAUUAUAUGGAUUCUUGAAGGGUAACAAGCCGGACUUCCACGUGGCAAUGCCGCCCCAGAUGGCGAAGCCCUUCUAUGCAUCUCUAGUUGAGAGGUUCCGGAAGUCCUAUGAUCCGGGCGCUAUCAAAGAUGGUGUAUUUGGAGCAAUGAUGAAGGUCAAUUUGGUUAAUGAUGGACCAGUCACGAUGCAGCUGGACUCACAUGCCCCAAAGAAUACAAAUGGUACAGUGGAGGAAUCAUAAAGCUUGCUUUGCUUGUGCUUGGAUCAACUGUAAUUGGGCUAUGGACCAGUGUUUCUUACUUCUAUGCUGCAGAAUUUGGAAAGUAGCUUUACAGGAUACAGGACAUGAUUUUCCUAACUACAGUAAAGCUCUUUCUCCUUUGUUGGGAUCUCUCUUGCUUUCUUUGUUAAUGACUCGUUCUUAAUAAAGUUGAUGAUUAAUGAA